CUUUUCAAUUCAUGGGCGGGAAAAGGAAACAAUUGCCGUAAUCGGUGUGUUUCUUUCACUUUCACAAUUGCCCAGAGGUGGAAUUGCUGUUGAUUGUGAGCUUUUUGCUCCCCUGCCAUCGCUGUCGAGUAUCAGUUGAAUCUUGAGGUAUCAUGGCAGAUCAGAGGUUGGAGGAAGUGCGCACAGAGUUUAUACAGCGUAUUAACAAAGCUAUCAUCAGCCAGCUCUUGGAUGAUCUGCUCCGUGAGAGAAUCAUGGAGGAUGAAGAGGUGGAAGAAGUGAAUACGAAAAAUAAGAGGCAGGACCAAGCAAGAAUUUUGAUCGAUAAUGUGAGAAGAAAAGGGCCUGAAGCUAGCCGCCGCUUUAUUGUCUUCCUCCAGAACCGAGAUGCUUUCUUGGCUGGACAACUGGAUCUCCAAAACUUUCCUGCUGGUAACAUCUCAAAGGAAGAAGUCCAGUUCCUGGAAUCUAAAAACGGGGUCAGGCUUUGUCCUCAGAAUGUAUUUCAGCAAAUACAGAUUACAGAAGGCACCGAGAUCUAUCCUAUCAAUGAUCCCAGGACUCGAACACGCCUGGCUUUGAUCAUCUGCAAUAUCAAAUUCGAUUACUUGAAAUUUAGAAAGGGGGCUGAGGUAGACUUGGAACAGAUGACACUUCUCCUAGAAGAUCUGGGAUACAAAGUGGAAAUAAUGACCAAUUUAAACUCACAGGAAAUAACCACUUGCUUGAAGAAUUUUGCAGCUCGGGAAGAACACAAGACUUCAGAUGGGAUGUUUGUGGUACUCAUGUCUCAUGGCCAUCUGGACAGCCUUUAUGGAGUCAAUUCAAAAGACAAACACUCUGACAUCUUCUCCAUCAAAACUAUCUUCUCCACCUUCAACAACAUAAAUUGCCCAUCUUUGAGGGGAAAGCCCAAGGUGGUCAUUCUUCAAGCAUGUCGUGGAGAGGAACAUGGAUAUAGGAUGGAAACUGAGGAAGACUCAGCUACAUCUGCUCCUGCCUCUCUCCAGUCUGAUUCAUGCACCAAGCAGUUGCAGACUGAUGCCGUUCAGAAAAUCCAUGUGGAGAGUGACUUCAUUUGCCUAUAUUCAACCACCCCUGAUCAUCUAUCCUGGAGAGACACUAAAACUGGAUCACUCUUCAUCACUCAGCUAAUAGAUACUAUCAAGAAACAUGCCUGGAAUUGCAAUUUGGAAGAGGUCUUCCGGAAGGUGUUGCAGCACUUUGCAAGCAACCCAUGUCAGAUGCCCUCAAAGGACAGAACCACCCUGAUUAAAAAGUUCUACCUCUUCCCAGGACAUUGAAGGCAGGUGAAGGAGAAGCUACUGGACCAAUAAGCAAAUAAUUUUCAGAUAUGUUGAAGAAAUAUGGAUUGACCAAACCUUGUCCUUUCUCCACCUUAUUCCUCACUGUAAACUUCCAUCAACCCAAUUUUGGAAUUUUAUGUGAUUAGUGUGUGUUUCCCACAGCAAAAACUUUAAACUGUGAUGCUUAAAAUGGAAAUAAGUGUCAAAACCUAUAUGUAAUGGUUCAUUCACCCCAUGAACAAUUAAUGAAGAAGUUAAAGACUUUUAGUAAAGUAUCUGAUUUUAAGGUCAACAAACAGAAGACCAAGGUAUUGAUAAAAAAUGAGUAUAGAAAAUCAAGAGAAAUUAAAUCCAAACAUGACUCUUAAAAUUGAAAGGAAAGAUAAAUAUUUAGGAGUAAUAUUAACCACUCAAAAUUGUAUGUUAGUUUAGAACAGGGGUGUCAAACCUGCCACAUCACGUGACGUGUCGUAACUUAUCGCGACUUUUUCUCCCUUGCGGGAGAUGGGGUGGGCGCAGCUUCCAUGUGAUGCAUCCAGCCCGUGGGCCAGCAGUUUGACACCCCUGCUUUAGAAAAACUAUGGAAAAGUGUGAAAUUGUCAGAACCCAUUUCCUUUUGGGGGGGGAAUCUAUUUCAUUUCUCUUCAUUUCUUUCUGUGGGUUCUGCCAUUCUCCUAAGGGGAGGGGGAAAGGUUCUGUGGGAUGCUUUUUGCUUUGCUGCAAUGUAUCCUUUCCUGGUUCUACAUAUUUGCUCUGUGAACUGUUUCUCCCUUGUUGUCAACCUGGGGUGAGAAAGGAAUGUGCCUCCGGCCAUCUGUCUUAUCUCUCACUGUGGAAGAGAAAGAUGCAAAGACCCAAUAAUGUCUUCACAGGCAUGGGAACAAACUCCGUUAUCAGCUCCGUUCCCACAGUGGAGCCUGGGGAUUGGCUCAUUCAAACUGACCGGAUGAAUUAUUGGGGUGGAGUUUGCUUGGGACUCUUUUAACCUGUUGAUCUGAGCAGGAAACCCUCAGAUCCUGCCUUCUAUGCCUGCUAUCAGCUUCUCCAAUAAAAGUUCCUUUUGGAGUAAAA